AGGUUUUGUUGGGGUUUCGCUCGGUCGAGAGAGACUCUGAACAUUUGCCCUAGCCGCCGUCGCACCGCCACGGCCACUGCCACUGCCACUGCCACCGCUGCACGUCGCCGUCGCCGCCGUUGCUAUCUCCAAUCCGCCGUCGGCUAAUCGUUGAAAUCUCCCUGGAAUUGAUUGAAAUUUUACAACUCGGCUGUUCUCGGUGGGGCAAUAUCAGAAGGGUUUUGUUUUCUUUAUUUUCGUCUCUAGGGCUUUAGGCUUAGGCUCUGUUUCGGAAGAUGAUUCGAGUAAUCGAUGCUAAGAAAUUGAAACAUCUGAGCUCAUCUGUAGAGUUCUUAAGCCAUCAAUUCAUUCAAAGAUGCUCCGUAAGUGGAACUGCAAAAGGGAAAGGGAAAUUGAAAGCCGCUGCGCCAUUGAAGCGAUCAAUAGUUUCCACCAAAAAGGGAAAAUCGAGUGGAGAACCCUCUCAAAAAGGGGGAGGAGAGAGAGGAAGAAAUGGAUUUGAAAAAAUGCUUGAUGAUUGCUUGAAUGCUACAAGUCCUGUGAGGUAUUUGAAACCUAAAGAAAUCGAAAGAGAAGCCGAGAGAGAGAAGAUGGGGCUUAUUAGCAAAGCUCGAGCCAAAGAAGUUGAGAUGUUGAAGAAGAAGAAGAAAUCAGAGAUUGAUUCGCCUAUGAUGGUUGGGACACCGGGUUUGGAUCUAAUCACAUUGGGUUUGGUUGAUGCUGAUUUGAUUCCCAAGUAUGAAUUGACAGUCGAAGAUGGUCGGAGGCUGGCGAAGGAGUACAGUAGGGUUUUGAUGAGGAGGAACCGAGCAAGACAGGCGGCGGAGUCAAAUUUGUUGAGGUUGAAAAAGGAGGCAAUUGAGGCAUUGCCUGAGGGUUUGAAAGCUGCAGCUUUGGUCCCAGAUUUGAGUCCGUUCCCAGUGAAUAGGUUUAUGGCUACCUUGACACCACCCAUUGAAGGGUACAUUGAGAAGAUAAAUGAGGCGGCGAAGAAGAGUUCUGGGAAGGAGAAGCUCAGAUAAUGAGAGAUGGAGAACGCCUUCGGUGCAACUGAGCAAAUUGUAUUUCUUGUUGGUGGUUGCUGGAAUCUGAAGCUCGUGUCUGUUUCAUUCGAAGCAUCGAAAAGCCUAGGUGAUCCUCCAAUAAUCUUGUGGAAUAUUGUUCCGUGAAUAAUCUUGCGUACUUCAGUGAAUAAUUUUGUAUUUCUUACUUGUUAUGAUCGAUCUCCUUGAGUUAAUGAAACUGUUUGAAAAAAUGGCUUUAGUUAAUGAAGUUGUUUAAGCUAAAUGACAGGUUUCUGUGUUGAAUGUGUCUUGUUAUUGCUUCUGGAUAUUGGAACACAUGCUUCAGUUAUCUGCGGUCUGUUAAAAAAGAGAAGCAGCUCAUGUUAUAAUGCUAAUGCAUCGUUUGUACGUAACAAACAAAUAAAUGAAGCAAGCUCUCGUGUUAGGGCUGAAAA